GGGAGGAGGUGGCCAGUCUCUCCUGUCUGAUCCUGAAGUCUGCUUGGAGUGUAGCUGGGAAACCUGUGGCUGGGGCUCAGCUGGGCCCAUGACGGACAGGUGAGACUGGACCGGACGCAGCCCGGCUGCCUCAAGGUCUGGCCUAAUUUCUCUCUCUCCCAGGUUCCCUUGAUCCCUCACCUGUCCUUCAGCUGCUGCGAUGAGAUAUAUGCCAGAAUUCAAAAAGUCCCAGUCGCACUUCCUGAGGAAUUUUGCAGUGUGCGACAUGCCUCUGGACCACAUAUGCAGCCACAACAGCAGAGAUCAGUGCAAGGGACUCGGGUGCUGCUUUCACGAAGGCGUCUGCAAAGAAAAGUCAGUUUCCACUUAUGUGCACGUGUUUUGUGCCUUCAUCCUGAUCGUUGCCGGGGUCUUUAUUUUCACUACUGUUUACAGGGUUGUUCAGGAAAGGAAAGAGAAGAAAACCGCUAUGGAAUUGCCUUUGUCAUUCAAGUCCGGAGAGAACGUCGUGGCGGCCCCCAUUGCCCGCAGGCUGGCAGUGUGGAAGGCUCGGACUGGCAGAGCACUGCCGUGUGCCGGAUGUGGCGGGCACACCCUUAAGACAACAGUGACGAUAAAGAAUACUGAAGAAACUAAGGGUUGAAAUGCAUGAUGAAGAAAACAUGAAGAUUGGCAGAAAUAUCCAAACAAAAUGGU